AUACUCAGUCGCGUAAGCUUUUUCCCAGCCGGGCCACCGCCUCCUCCGAGAGGUUUUUUUUUUCGUCGCGGUACCGGCUACCGGCGGCGCGAGAUGACGUCACAGCGGCGGGACGCACGCAGGCGGAACGGCGCUGCGCGGCGGCGAGUUGGCUGCACAGUUUAUCAGGACUAAAAAGUCCCAAUAACGGACAUAACUUUACCCGUCAUGCUAUGACGACUUCAUGGGUUCAGCCAAAAAUGUGAUCAGUGAAUCUGUUGAUGCAGAGGACAAAUACAAUUUGAUGGCUUCUUUCCAACGCUCUAACAGUCACGACAAAGUCAGGAAAAUUGUAGCCGAAGAGGGCCGCACUGCAAGGAACUUGAUUGCUUGGAGCGUGCCGCUGGAGAACGAGGAGGAUGGAAAACCGAAGUGGCAGGUGGGGGCAAAAUCAAAGAGGAUAAACCAAGGAACGCACAAAAUUAGCAAACAGGGCACAGCCUCAGAUUGCAAAAUCACACCAGCCUCGGGGGAGAAGAGCUUCUAUAAAAGCCCCACCAAGACACGGCAGCCACGGAAAGUGGACCUCCGAGCAAGAUACUGGGCGUUCCUUUUUGACAAUCUAAGGCGUGCGGUGGACGAAAUCUACGUCACUUGUGAAUCGGAUCAGAGUGUGGUAGAAUGCAAAGAGGUGUUGAUGAUGUUAGACAACUAUGUGCGGGAUUUCAAGGCCUUGAUAGACUGGAUUCAGUUGCAGGAGAAGUUGGAGAAGGCCGAUGCUCAAAGCAGGCCAACUUCGCUAGCGUGGGAAGUCAAGAAGAUGUCCCCAGGGCGUCAUGUUAUUCCCAGCCCAUCGACCGACAGAAUCAGCGUGACAUCCAAUGCCCGAAGAACUCUCAAUUUUGGAGGACCUCCUGCGGCCGUGACCUCCAACCGUCUGAGUCCUUCUGGGGUCAGCUGGGCAGACAAAGUCAAAGCAAGCCACCCAGGAACAGCUCCCUGUUCGAAGGAGGCAGCAGCCCAGGUCCAGGGCCCCCCUGCAGCGCAGAAGCCGUCCCGCAGAACUGAGAGGAGGGACGCCGAAGGCUGGGAGACCGUCCAGCGUGGGAGGCCGGUUCGGUCCAAAUCUUCUGCUUUAGUCCCCAAAACCAAGUCGUCCGCGGAAUUAUCCCAGGCGAAGGAUGACAGUGACAAAGAAAACGUAAUUCUUCAUCCGCUGGCCAACAAACAAAAGGCUUCCUUGACCGAGGACGGCACGUCGCAAAAUGCAGAUCCCCUCUUGAAGGACCCUUGCCCUCAGUGUGAGCAUCCCCUUGCUGAGAGGACUCAGUUCACAGGCCGGGUGUCUGAAGACCUCAAGGUCUCCGAAAAGAUCACGGGACCUUCGCAACCCUCUUUCGAGCUGCCGCUUGUGUGCAUAGACGUCGAAUGCAGCGCCGAGAGUCCACAGCGGGACGGCCGUGGAACCUCCAUCGCUCCAAAAAGCGAAGAAGCAGAAAAUGUCAAGAGUGAAAGCGAAAUGGAUCCUGCAGAUAUUUCAAACUCCAUGGCCGAGGUGCUCGCCAAAAAAGAGGAGCUGGCGGAUCGCUUGGAGAAAGCCAACGAGGAGGCCAUUGCGAGCGCGAUCGCCGAGGAGGAGCAGCUGACGAGGGAGAUCGAGGCGGAGGAGAACACCGACAUCAACCUGGAAACGGACAACGACAGCGACUUCUCUGCCAGCCUGGGCAGCAUAUCCUUCUGCGGCAUUUCCAUGGAUUGGAAUGACGUCCUGGCGGAUUACGAAGCUCGUGAAUCGUGGCGCCAAAAUAAUUCCUGGGGCGACAUCGUGGAAGAAGAACCAGCUCGCCCACCGGGCCACGGAAUCCACAUGCACGAGAAACUGUCUUCUCCCUCCCGCAAGAGGACAAUUGCAGAAUCGAAGAAGAAGCACGAAGAGAAGCAGAAGAAGGCUCAGCAGCUGAGAGAGAAGCUCCGCGAGGAGAAAACUCUAAAGCUUCAGAAAUUAAUGGAAAGGGAAAAAGAUGUGAAAAAAUGGAAAGAAGAAUUGUUGGAUCAGAGACGAAGGAUGAUGGAGGAAAAAUUGCUCCACGCAGAGUUUAAACGUGAAGUGCAGUUGCAAGCGAUUGUCAAAAAAGCCCAAGAGGAAGAAGCUAAGGUGAAUGAAAUUGCGUUCAUAAACACCUUGGAAGCCCAGAAUAAGCGCCACGAUGUUUUGUCCAAGCUGAAAGAAUACGAGCAAAGACUGAAUGAAUUGCAGGAAGAGCGCCAACGAAGGCAGGAAGAGAAGCAAGCCCGCGAUGAAGCUGUCCAGGAACGGAAGAGAGCUCUGGAAGCGGAGCGUCAGGCACGGGUGGAAGAGUUGCUAACGAAGAGGAAAGAACAAGAAGCUCGGAUUGAGCAGCAGAGGCAGGAGAAGGAGAAAGCCCGGGAAGAUGCCGCUCGGGAACGGGCCAGAGAUCGGGAAGAGAGAUUAGCUGCUCUCACUGCAGCCCAGCAAGAAGCCAUGGAGGAGCUCCAGAAGAAGAUCCAGUUGAAGCACGAUGAGAGCAUCCGGAGGCACAUGGAGCAGAUAGAACAGAGGAAAGAAAAAGCCGCCGAAUUGAGCAGUGGGAGACAUGCCAACACAGACUAUGCGCCCAAACUCACACCCUACGAGCGCAAGAAACAGUGUUCACUCUGUAAUGUUUUGAUUUCCUCGGAGGUGUAUCUCUUUAGCCACAUUAAGGGGAAAAAGCAUCAACACGCCGUGAGGGAGAACAGCAGCAUCCAAGGCCGAGAACUUUCCGAUGAAGAAGUGGAACACCUGUCCUUAAAGAAGUACAUCGUGGAUAUUGUGGUAGAAAGCGCGGCUCCCGCCGAGCCUGUAAAAGACGGGGAAGACAGGCAGAGGACGAAAAAGAAAGCCAAGAAGCUGAAGGCACGGAUGAACUCAAGGGCAAAGGAGUACGAAAACGGAAUGGAAUCAAAAAAUGCCUCUUAUGAGUCUCCGUACAAAGCAAAGCUACAACGACUGGUGAAAGAUUUGCAGAAGCAGCUUCAGAUUCAAGAUGGUACCAAAAUCUCCGCUCUGGAUAGGAUUUUGGGAGAGAUUUCUCGGAUCCUGGAAAAAGAGAAUGUGGCAGAUCAGGUCGCCUUCCAUGUGGCUGGUGGGUUUUCCGCUCUGGAGCAAGUCCUUCAAGUUGCAACAACGUCCAUCAACCUGAAUUCCAUUUCAAGAAUCCCUUUGAAAUCGCUCUGUAAUACCAUCAGCGCCUAUUAUCUGGCCUGCAAUAACUGUGUGGAAAACUGCACUUAUGUUCUCUUCAGCAACAAGAUUAUUUUUUUAACGGAUCUGUUGAUGCACCAAUUAAUGGUAUACAUCCCAGAUGAUCACAAUGCAACCUCAGGGAGAGCAAUUAACAAGCAAGUCUUUGAAGGUCUAAUAACGGGAGUGCUCAGGAUCCUGGCUGUGGUGUUUGGCUCUCUGAUGUCCGACGUACCUAACACUAAUAACCAAAUUUGUGCGCCAAAAUUGAUUCAAGAAAUGAAAAACAAGACCUCCCAAGCUGAAGUUUUUAACAACAGGAUACAAGACCUUAUCAGCUACAUGGUGAACAUUGGAUUAAUAGAUAAGCUGAGUUGCUGCUUCCUCUCCAUCCAAGGCCCAAUUGACGAAACACCCAAAACGGCGGCUUUGUUGCAGAACUCCACCGCGGUCUUGCACGGGAUGUGUCAACUGUGUUUCACUGUCAACGGCAGGUCCAGAAGCAUCUUUGCCGAGACCCACCCGGAUCCCACCGGGCUGACGGCGGCUUUCAAGGCUACGGAUCUGGUGGGCGUUUUGCACAUGCUCUACUGCGUUCUCUUCCACGGCACCUUCGUGGAGCUGAAUGCGGCCAAUCCCAAAGACAGCUUCACAGCCAACACCCUGCAAGUCGCUCUCCAGAGUUUGCGCUUCUUCAACAGCUUUGCUCUGCUGGAUCUGUCCGCUUUCCAGUCUGUGGUUGGCGCUGAAGGUCUCUCCCUGGCAUUUCGGCACAUCAUCAGCUCCCUGCUCUGGCACUGUUCCCACCACACCUGCGAAGUGCUGCUUCACGAAGUCAUUGUCUGUGUGGGCUACUUCACUGUCAACCAUCCAGACAACCAGAUGAUUGUGCAAUCCGGCCGCCAUCCCACCGUGCUGCAGAAGCUGUGUCAGUUGCCUUUCCAGUAUUUCAGCGACCCUCGACUGAUCAAAAUCCUCUUUCCGACACUAAUUGCCGCUUGUUACAAUAACCCACAAAACAAGAUCAUCCUGGAGCAAGAAAUGAGUUGUGUGUUGUUGGCCACCUUCAUUCAGGAUUCUACACAAGGAUCGGGCCAAACAGACAACCAGCCUUCGCAACAAAGGGAAACAUUCUUCAGUUCUCAAGAUUACUUGGAGCUGUUAAACAGGUUCCCUCGGCAGACCUGGGAAGACGCCCGACAGUUUUUCUUGAAGAAAGAGAAAAAAGGAUAAUUUAUUUAAUUGUUUUGUUUUGUUUUUCCAAGACGGUUUUUUUCCCCCUUGUUGAGCAAUGUUGGUUGUCUUGAAGAUGACUGUUGGAAAGAUUUCUUCGAUCUUGGCAACGCCUAUAUUGUAGAUAAAUAUACAUAGAGAGAGGUAUAUAUAUAUAUAUAUUAAAAAACGUAUCAUUUGCACUACUUCGGUCGGAAGACUUGUACAUAUUUUGAAAUCCUGUUUCAUGGUUUUGGAAAAACAAAUAAUCCUUUUAUUAUGAGUAUAUAUCUUUCUGCAAUCUGCCAUCUCCAGUUGGCAUUAUAACUCCCAGCGUUUUCUCACUAAUGUGGGUGUUGUAGUUUGACAUAACCAGCUGAACGAUAGAUUGAAGAAAGCCCUGCUGUCCCGCAGGAGGUCAGAAAAGUCAAAAUGGCAAUCAUGGCCACAUGAUUUUAUAUCUGUGUCUGUGGGCCCCAUCUUGGCUUUUUUGACCACAUCCUGCAGACCCCCUUGUCACUCACCCUUGUGUCCUGUUUUUCUACACAGUAGAAUAUUUGGCAUUUUGUAAUGCUGCUAAAACUAUCCUCUAAAUCAGUGGGGGGUUUUUUUUUUCAAACUUGGCAACUUUAAGAAGUGAGGACUUCAACUCACGGCUGGCUGAGGAAUUCUGGGAGUUGAAGUCCGUACCUCUUAAAGUUGCCAAGUUUGAAAAAAAAAACAAAAACACUGUUCUAAAUAGAAACCAACCAAUGAAUGUUUUCUACGUUUGUUCUUUUCAUUUCAGUAAUAUUUUCCCGGUCUCCUGUUAAGACUUUUUCCUAAAGCAAUUUAUGUUGUUUGGUUGUCUGGCAGAGGGGUUUUUUUGGACAACUGUUGUCCGAGCUUCCAAUGUUUUCGGUUUUUUAGGAAGCACAACGUUCUCGAUGUAGAUAAUAAGCUACAGGAAUUUCAACCCCAGGUGAGAAUAUUAUUUGGGGCACCGGUUCCGGUUUACUUUAAAUUUUGUGGGCAUGUUGCAAACGUCGGGCAUUUUGAUAAUGGCCAUUUUCCUUCUCUGUAAGUGGUGAUUUUCACUAAGUUCAUUAAAAGAAAUAUUGGAACACGUGA